AUGAAGAGCGACUCCUGCGCUAAUGCUCUGAAAAAGAUACCGGCGGAGCUGCUCUAUGACUCGGAAAUCUUCGCUUACGCCUGCGAGGAUUAUACGUGGAGCAUUUAUCGGACCGCCAACGGUAUAACUGAGUUGGCUGCGGUGUGCAAACGAUGGAGGGCAGUUCUACUUGACGCGCCACUGCUUUGGAGCAAAAUUGACAUGAACAUGAGAUUUCGAAAGCCCGAAAUCGAACAAUUGGUUGACCUACACCUCCAACGGUCUCAGGAGGCCCCUAUUCAAGCAAAUCUGUCUUUUUCUUCGGACGAGCCUUGGUCAUACCGCGUUCUACACUCCUUUCUGGCCCAAGCACGCCGUCUGCGGGUUUUAGCCAUACAUGACCACUCCAUAAGCAAUCCACGCUAUAUCCAGACUCUGCUCAGUUUCCGAAACGGAUUCCCGAUGCUCAGAAGACUCGGGAUACAUUACCACCGGCUUACGCGCGUUAAAGAUGCGGAGAUUGAUUCUUUCUUUGACAAACUUCCGGUCCUGAAGGACUUGACACUGAAUCUGUACUCCAACCGCAUGCUCUUGUCUGCCACUCGUGUGUUCAGACAACUUGAUCGGUGCGAGCUGGCGGAAUGUUGGCUGCGCGAUAUUCUCCUCGUCCUCCCUUAUUUCAAUGUGCAAACCCAUUUGAAGCUGUCAUCCUGUCGCAGACGCAGAGACGACAUCCAUCCAACAGGGAUCGUAACUUCCGUUUCGGAGCUUUGGGUGACGGAAUGCACCUACACCUUCACCGACUUGCUGUUGGAGAAUAUAAUCACUCCCAAUCUGCAACAUCUCAAAUUAUCAUCGCACUCCCAUCCACGUCAUUUUCUCGCGGUCGAACACCUCCUGCAACGCUCGUCAUGCUGCCUCACCCACCUCACCGUCGCAGCUGAGCUUUUCCCACCAAAAGAUGCAGUAUCAGACUUCGGCGCGAACAUCCUCUACCUUUUGGGAUCAAGUAUGUGCACGUCUAUAACUGACCUUGACGUCGACGUAGGGAGUCAUGGAGACGCAUUGGAGAGCUUGCUCGCGAAGCUGGGUGAUAACUCGGAAUAUAUUCCCAGGCUUCACACCUUAACACUUAGGUCGGCUUGGAGCGUCCCGAUGAAAUUGCUUGAAGCUACGAUUCUGAAGGCCCAUUGUCAGCGCAAGGGGCGUUGGAUGCGACUUGUGGUGAAUAAUUUGAGCAUACUCUCGAAGCAAAUGGACAACAUCCAGAACUUAAAGGAUAAUGGCUUAAAGAUUAGCACUAUAUCUCGCUCAAGUACCUGCUAG